CAGAAGUAUGAUUUCACGUCGGACGCCAGAAACGGACCCGCGUUCGUUUUCACGUUGAUUUGUUGAUAUGGUGAACGGCCGGUCUGCGAGCGCGGGUGGUUGGACAGUGCCUGGUGCCCCACGCGCCUCCCCCGGACCGUGUGCCUGAACACUGUCAGCCGUCUGACGGAACACUGAGCCACCCUUUCGCGAUGUGCGAGUGAAUCAAGCCGUAGACGAACACAGUGGUCGAGCAGCUGGCCAUAGUCACAACAGUGCUAACAUUCCACCGCACAGUAUGGCCUCGGUCGCCGCUUGGCUGCCAUUUGCCCGGGCGGCGGCCAUCGGUUGGGUGCCCAUCGCGACGCAUCCUCUCCCGCCGCCACCGGUACCAAAGGACAGACGGAAGGCCGACGACGAGAAACUACUGAUCAACGUGUCAGGCCGACGAUUCGAGACCUGGAGGAACACCCUCGAGAAGUACCCGGACACGCUGCUCGGCUCCAACGAGAGAGAGUUCUUCUACGACGAGGACGUCAAGGAGUACUUCUUCGAUCGCGAUCCCGACAUAUUCCGUCACAUCCUAAAUUAUUACAGGACUGGUAAGUUGCACUACCCCAAACACGAGUGUCUGACCAGCUACGACGAGGAAUUAGCUUUCUUCGGGAUAUUGCCGGAUGUAAUCGGUGAUUGUUGUUACGAAGAUUACCGCGAUAGGAAGAGAGAGAAUGCCGAACGCCUUAUGGACGACAAGCUUUCCGAGAACGGCGACCAGCAUCUUCAACAGCUGACCAACAUCCGCCAGAAGAUGUGGCGGGCUUUUGAGAACCCUCACACGUCGACCGCCGCUCUGGUCUUCUACUACGUGACGGGAUUCUUCAUCGCUGUUUCGGUAAUGGCAAAUGUCGUCGAGACGGUGCCAUGCGGAAGCAGACCUGGCGGUGCUGGUUCGCUGCCUUGCGGUGAACGAUACAAGAUUGUCUUCUUCUGCUUGGACACGGCCUGUGUCAUGAUCUUCACCGCGGAAUACCUGCUGAGAAUGUUCGCUGCUCCUAACCGUUACAAAUUCGUAAGAUCGGUCAUGAGCAUUAUAGACGUAGUCGCCAUCCUACCAUACUAUAUCGGAUUGGGGAUCACCGACAACGACGACGUCUCCGGUGCAUUCGUCACGCUGCGGGUAUUCCGGGUAUUCAGGAUCUUCAAAUUCUCGAGACAUUCACAGGGUCUUCGAAUCUUGGGUUACACGCUCAAGUCCUGCGCUUCCGAGCUGGGCUUCCUUGUGUUCUCCCUGGCGAUGGCCAUCAUCAUAUUCGCCACCGUCAUGUUCUACGCUGAGAAGAACGUUGGCAAAACCUUCACAUCCAUUCCGGCGGCAUUCUGGUACACCAUCGUCACGAUGACCACCUUGGGGUACGGAGACAUGGUACCUGCCACAAUAGCUGGCAAAAUAGUGGGAGGAGUCUGUUCAUUAAGUGGUGUACUGGUAAUCGCUUUACCUGUACCAGUAAUUGUAUCAAAUUUCAGUAGAAUAUACCACCAGAAUCAGAGGGCUGACAAGAGAAAAGCACAACGGAAAGCUCGCUUGGCUAGAAUCCGCAUCGCCAAGGCAUCAUCAGGGGCGGCGUUUGUCAGCAAGAAGAAAGCUGCAGAAGCCCGGCUGGCCGCUCAAGAAUCCGGAAUCGAACUCGACGACAACUACAGAGAGGAAGACAUUUUCGAACUGCAACACCACCACCUGCUUCGAUGCCUGGAGAAGACAACUGAUCGCGAAUUUGUCGAAUUAGAAGUACCCUACAACGGCCAUCCGAAAAGGCCGGGAUCACCGUCACCAAUGGCGAGUCCUGCCCAUUCGGCGGUGUCCAUAGGACUGCUGCAGUCCUGCUGCGGGCGAUGCUGUCCGAGGAGGUAUCAGCAGACCUGCGGAAAAUACAUGCCCGCUGCUUCCGCCGCUCAGACCAACCAGACAGGGGGUGGAAUGGACGGAACCUAUCUCGUUGAGGCGUCUUUUUAAGACAUAUCACAUCUUAUUGCCUUCACUGCAGCGCCAAUCUCAUGGUGUGGGCGUCAAUGAAAAACGACUUUGAUUCGUCUCGAAUAAUUACGACUUAUUUAAACCAAACGUUCUCGUUCUACACUCUCGUGAUUUUUUCGUUGUACCCAGUGGUCCAAAGCAAACAAAUUCAUUUCCUUAACGGAAGCGCAAGGCGUUUAUUGAAAUUUAUUGAGUCUCCAGCGCUGUCCGAAUUCCCCAUACUUAUUAAACGUCGCAUAACUAUAGAAUCGCACUUGCAUAUGUAGGUACCGCUAACCAUUAAAUAACAAUUUUGACGCAAACGGAAGACUUAUACAUAUUUUUUUUUAUGUAGCAGUAGCACUAAUGCGUGCUAUGUUAGAAAUGUAAUUUUAUGAGUCAUACAUCCAGUGUUAGAACAGAUCUCGGGUUAUUGGCAUCUAUAUAAUAAUAGAAAAAUGUAUACAAAGUUUUAAAACGCCUGACGCAUUUGUAAAACAAUAUUUAAUUUGAAAAUUGUUUUCAGACCAAUAUUUUGUAUUAUUUUCGUAUUUCAAUAAAUUUGAUGAAUGUCUUGCAAAUUAUUAUAGUAUUUUAUUCUGCAUAUUUAACUCUAUAUGUAAUGCAGAAUUUCUAUGUACAAAUCUUACGUGUUGUUUUAUCAGCCACUCGGUAUAACACUUUUCAAUCAUCUAUUGUUGUGUAAAUUGUGUAGUAUAAAUUGUGAUAUAGCUAAUAAUUUAAACAAUAAACAAUUAUAUAAAGGAAAAUGGUUGUACACCUCUUCAUAGAAAAUAUAUUUAUUGUAAAAAUAGUUGCAUUUUCAGUUGUAAAUAGAACUGGCCGAUGCAGCAAAACUUUACUGAAAGAUGUAGUAUUAGUUGUUCAGUUUAACAUAAUCAUUGGAAUUGAAUUCUGCCAAUACAUUAGCUUGCCUCAUGUGACUUACAAUUACAGGUUAGUAUAUUUUUAUUUCACAAACUUGCACAGUAUAAGACGGUUUAAACCAAUACGUAUUUGAAGUUAGUGACACAAAAUAUAUAUUUUUUAAUAUCAGUUCAAAUUCUCAUUUGUAUUGUAUCAUUAUAACUAUCGUCACAUAUUUAUAUUUAUGAUUUAAUUUUGUAUUUUAAAAUGUAGGGAACCGUUUAAAUUUAAAUCCUGUACAAUCUGUAUGCCAAGUUAAUUUUUGAAUGUUGGUGUGAAACUGGCAUCUAAAUAUUAAAUGUAGGAUGUGUCUAGAGCAAGUUAAUUUUCUGGUACAAAUACGCUAUAAAUUUGCGGUACAUUUGUACCUCCACGCGAAAAAUUAUUGCAGCCUAUAGACAAAUCAAUAUUUUCCCAGUAUCCCGCACAAUUAAUCAAAUUUAUAGCAAUAUUUUACCCCUUACGUAAAAACAUUUCUCAAAUUAUUUAAUUAAACGGCACUACAGAGGUCAUCUAGGAAAGUACUACUGAUUGAAUUUUGUGAAAAUUUGCCUAAUAAGCAAAGCUGGCUGCAAGCCAAAAUGAUAUUUGUGUAUAUUUAUAUAGUAAUCAGUUGAGAGGGAGCUAUGAUUUUGUAAUAGAUAUUGUACUAUUUAAUAUGUACUUCCUUUAUUUUCUAGAAAUAGAUACUCUUAUGCAUGGUUAGCUGUAUAUAAAAAACGAUUGUUCAUACAAACACAACGUUGCAAAAAUCGAAAAAAAUUAAACAUAAAUAUAUAUACUGCGGUUCUAGUUGUUUAUCAUUUACCAUCUUACCAUAGAAACUGUUGAUCUCAUUUGGUAGAAAUUGAAAUGAAUUUUGCAUGUAAAUAGACAAAACAAAUUUGGAGUUUGUUGUACAUGAUAGAUGAGUGAGCUUAUUGCAAAAAACAACUCCGUACGAUAAUUACCCUUAUACAUUCCCAUCAAUCGUUCUUCAUCAUAUAAGAGUUUUGCAUAACUUUUAAUAUGUGUACUGAAUUUUGAAUUGAGUAUUCAGAAAUUGCUACGCUUAUUUAACUAAAACUAAAAACUGAUGGCCACGAUUACUUUACUUUGUAAGAAUAAUUUAUUAGUUUUAAUAGCAUGUGUUAUUCGCACUUGUCGAAAAGUAACCUGAUUAGUUAAUUGUAAUGAAUACUAUAGCUAAUGUAAAACUUUAAAAUUACAAAUAUUAGAUUACUUUAACGAAAACCCUUUUUGUAUAGGUAGUUCGUUUCUUCAUA